GGAAGAGACCGGAAGAGCUUUGCGCACGCACACGCACACACACACACACACAGACACAGACACAGUGUUUCCAAUUGAAAAGCGGAUGUUUAACGGACAUUAAAUUAGACAGAUGGGGAGUUAAUAUCCGCCAUGAUGAUAAAGAAGAUGAUGAAGAAGCUGUUGAAGAUGAAGAACAUUCCCCAGAUAUGUGACGGGAACACAGUUCAGCUCCUGUAUUUGUGAUGUACAGAAACUUCAGACCGGAAGUGGAAUAGCGAUAUUGAGCUGUGAGCUGCAGUAAUGUACUUUAUUUUGGGGAAGCAUCAUGGAAGCUGGAACUGACACACAAGGUGAUCAGGACAAACCUCUGCAUCAUGCAGAGAACAGGGAGCAUUCAAACCCCUCAGGCGUUGUGAUGCUUGGUGAUGAAGUAAGUGUUCUGACUCCGGGGAGGAUGAAGAAGGAGGCAGGGCUUCAUUCAUACAACAAAGACCCUAUCACCAGCUACACCCUGAGCCCUGGGUCGAAUCCAGGACACGGUUUUGAACGGAAGGAGGAUGUGUUACCUCUUCCGGAUUCAUCUUUGUCCAUAUCUAAAAGCAAGUCUGAGUCUAAACUGUAUAAUGGAUCAGAUAAGGACGUCUCAGCUUCAGCUAACAAACUUACCAAGAAAGAGUCUCUCAAGGUCCAGAAGAAGAACUACAGAGAGGAGAAGAAGCGAGCAACUAAAGAGCUGCUUAGCACAAUCACUGAUCCCUCAGUUGUUGUCAUGGCCGACUGGCUCAAGAUCCGUGGCUCUCUAAAGAGCUGGACGAAGCUGUGGUGUGUGUUGAAGCCAGGUGUGUUACUGAUCUAUAAGAGUCAGAAGAGUGAUCAGUGGGUGGGGACGGUGCUACUGAGUGCAUGCGAACUUAUCGAGAGGCCUUCAAAGAAAAACGGCUUUUGCUUUAAACUUUUCCACCCUCUGGAGCAGUCCAUAUGGGCAAUCAAGGGCCCUAAAGGAGAGACUGUUGGUUCUAUCACUCAGCCGCUACCCAGCAGUCACCUCAUAUUCCGAGCUGCUUCAGAGUCAGACGGUCGUUGCUGGAUGGAUGCUCUUGAACUGGCCCUUAAAUGUUCCAGUCUUCUUAAAAGGACGAUGAUCCGCGAGGGAAAAGAGGAAACAACUGAACACACACAAAUCAACUUCUACAGCCUGCUGAGGUCACACAACCUACAUGAAAGUGAGCAGUAUAAGGAUGAGCUGAACUCUGAUAAGUCAGACAGAGAGAUGGAGCAGGACGAAUGGGAGAAGAGUGAGGAGAGCGACAGUGACACCAGUGAACGACAGGAAGACUCGUAUGCAGAACUUGAACAUGACACACUAAGAGAAACUCUUUAUGUGGAGCAGAGCCAUGAGGAGCUGGGAGAGGCGGGGGAGGAAUCUCAGACGGAGACAGUGUCUGAGGAGAAUAAGUCUUUGAUCUGGACACUGCUGAAACAAGUUCGACCUGGAAUGGAUCUGUCCAAAGUGGUUUUGCCGACUUUCAUCCUGGAGCCCAGAUCAUUUCUGGAUAAACUGUCUGACUACUACUACCAUGCUGACUUUCUGUCUGAAGCUGCAGUGGAGGAAAACGCUUACAACCGCAUGAAGAAGGUUGUGAAGUGGUACAUCUCCGGAUUCUACAAGAAACCAAAAGGUCUAAAGAAACCAUACAAUCCCAUCAUAGGAGAAAUGUUUCGUUGCAUGUGGAUUCACCAAACCAACAGCAAAACAUUUUACAUCUCAGAGCAGGUGUCUCAUCAUCCUCCAGUCUCUGCUUUCUACAUCAGUAACAGGAAGGAUGGAUUCUGUCUGAGCGGCAGCAUCCUGGCCAAGUCAAAGUUCUACGGAAAUUCUCUGUCAGCCAUUUUGGAUGGGGAAGCGAGAUUGACCUUCCUGAACCGAGGAGAAGAUUACAUCAUGAAUAUGCCAUAUGCACACUGCAAAGGUAUUUUGUAUGGGACAAUGACGAUGGAGCGAGGUCAGGUCACCAUCACCUGUGAGAAAACAGGCUACAAUGCACAACUGGAGUUUAAACUGAAGCCAUUUCUUGGCAGCAGUGACAGCGUGAAUCAGAUCAGUGGGAAGAUUAAACUGGGGAAGGAAGUGCUGGCUACACUGGAGGGUCACUGGGACAGUGAGAUCUUCAUAAACGAUAAGAAGUCAGGUGUAUGUGAGAUAUUCUGGAACCCAACUCCAGAGCUCCGACAGAGUCGCCUGACUCGCUGCACUGUUGCUCAGGAGGAACAGCAGAACUUUGAGUCUGAGAGACUGUGGCAGCAUGUGACACGUGCAAUUCUGAAUAAAGACCAGACGGAGGCGACCAAUGAGAAGUUUGUGUUGGAGGAAGCUCAGAGGAAAUCUGCUCGAGAGAGGAAGCUGAAGAAUGAACAGUGGAAGCCAGCGCUGUUUGAUCAGGACGCCAGCACUGGAGACUGGCACUACCGCUACGCAGACACUCGUCCGUGGGAUCCUCUGAAUGAUUUGGUGCAGUAU